UAGAGACCGGAAAAAGGAGCGAGCGGCCGGCCCGGAAGUAGAGCUACGGCGGUGAGGCAAGAUGGUGGCAACCAAGAGGAAACGGCGUGGGGAUUUGGCGGUUCAGGCAAAGAAGCCAAAAAGAAACGAAAAAGAUGCCAAAUCUUUAUCAAAGUCGCCCGUCAAGGCAGAAGAGGUGGAGGAAGAAGAGAAAGACCGUAUCCCAGGUCCCGUUUGCAAGGGCAAAUGGAAGAAUAAGGAACGGAUUCUCAUUUUUUCUUCUAGAGGAAUAAAUUUCAGAACAAGACAUUUAAUGCAGGACUUGAGAAUGUUGAUGCCUCAUUCUAAAGCAGAUACUAAAAUGGAUCGUAAAGAUAAGUUAUUUGUGAUUAACGAGGUCUGUGAAAUGAAAAACUGCAAUAAAUGCAUCUAUUUUGAAGCUAAGAAAAAACAGGAUCUCUAUAUGUGGCUUUCAAAUUCACCUCAUGGGCCAUCUGCCAAAUUCCUUGUUCAAAACAUUCAUACCCUGGCUGAAUUAAAGCUGACAGGAAAUUGUUUGAAAGGUUCUCGGCCCCUUUUGUCUUUUGACCCUGCUUUCGAUGAAUUGUCACACUAUUCAUUGUUAAAAGAACUCUUAAUUCAGAUUUUUAGUACACCCAGAUAUCAUCCCAAAAGCCAACCAUUUGUGGACCAUGUGUUUACUUUCACCAUUUUGGAUAACAGAAUAUGGUUUCGGAACUUUCAGAUCAUAGAAGAAGAUGCUGCUCUUGUAGAAAUAGGACCUCGUUUUGUCUUGAAUCUUAUAAAGAUUUUUCAAGGAAGUUUUGGAGGACCAACUUUAUAUGAAAAUCCUCACUACCAGUCACCAAACAUGCAUCGGCGUAUCAUAAGAUCUAUCACAGCUGCAAAAUACAAAGAGAAACAGCAAGUGAAAGAUGUGCAGAAACUGCGAAAGAAAGAGCCAAAGACUGUUCUUCCACAUGAUCCCACUGAAGAUGUUUUUGUUACACCAGCUGAGAAAAAACCAAUAGAAAUACAGUGGGUAAAACCAGAGCCAAAAGUCGAUUUGAAAGCAAGAAAAAAAAGGAUUUACAAAAGGCAAAGAAAAAUGAACCAGAAGGUGAACAGUGGGAAUGCAAAAUGAAUCAAUGGAUAAAGAUUUGUUUUUCAGUUGUUGUGUAUUUAUUUUGUAUUGAGUAUGUAAAUACUUUUAUCUAGGACUACCUUUUGUCUAAUUAGUGUACCAUUUAAAAGAAAAAAAUCUUAAAAAUCAGUGAUGCUUAUCAUUUUCCAAAUAAAAUAUCACCAGAACUCAUCAGUUAACUUUUGUUUUUCUUGUCAGCUUAUUUGAUAUUACUAAAAACUUAGUAUGCUCAGUGGUUUAGGAUUGUUUUCUUGGGUUAGAAUUUUUAGUUUAGCAACACUGAAAUUCAAUUUAUUUAUUGGGUUCUUACUACAUACAAAGGCUUUGGGCUCUUUGGGAGCAUAGUUGCUAAGUAGUAAAAUAGGGAUACCCUGGUAGAUAGCAAAGCAUCUUAACUGAGCUUUGGCUCCUAGAGUCACCAAUUAAUGAAACCUUGGAAAAAUUAACCUCUGAUCUUUUUCUCUCCUCAAAAGAGAAUUCAUUAAAAUUUUUAAGUUUUGAGAAUCAAAUG